AUGUCAUGCGUAAAUCUCCAUCUUGAAGACGACGGCGCGCCUGCUUUCGCGAGCAAGGUCAUCGAUAAACUCAACCACGCCCUCGCCUCAACCAUUUCAACGUCUCCCGACGAAGCCGCCGCCGCUUUGGAUGCUCUUUUGGGCCAGGACUAUGCGCAACACGGCACAGCAGGGUCUUUUCUCUGGUGGUUCUGGGAUCUGGUCCAUGAUCUCGCACGCCAGGUUCCCUAUGACAGUCCUCAACAAGACCGACUUGUGGCGGUCAUCAAGGCACUUACAUGCCUGCCUUGCAAUUCGGUGAACCUCGGUGAAGAAUGGGGCGCCAGUGACGAGAACUCUGUUGCGCCAUGGGCCAAAUUCCCCAUGUUUGGCAACACACUCGGCGAGAAGCUCGAUGAUGGUGAUUUGAAAGCUCCUGGGGAAUAUCAGAGGAAAGAGCGCCGCGUGAACCUCCAGGCAUAUGCUGCCAGAGUCAUGGGCCUAUGCCUCGUCCCGUUGGAGACGUAUGCCAUCUGGGCGCUCGUAGACGCGCUGGAGGGAGCCGUGACGCCCGUCCGCGGUGCCCCGGAUGCAACAAACCCGGAUCCCGCCGCGGUGGAAGACAUCUCGUACAAGGCCAGAAGCGCAGCAUCCUGGAUGGUUCACGCAGGCCAUGUGUUGCACGGGCGCGACGAGGAGAUUCGUGGGGUAACGGCUGGUCCUCUGUGGAAGCUUGACAAGAAGGAGGCAACCAAGCUGAGACGAAAGUUCAAAGGAACAAAUGGGUUGUGCCCGCAGCGGUGGCAGUUAUGGAAGGAGAGGUUUGUGGCCGUUCGGGACGCCGAGGGACUGGACGGACGGGCUCGCGAGGAUGCAGGGAAUGCUUUCGCAGUGAUGGAAAAGGUUGAAAAGAGCCAGUAG